AUGCCCACAUCAAAGUCCCUAUUAUUAUUACUAUUAGUAUUAAGCACCUCACACUUUGCUAAUGCUUGGAGAGAUGUGGUCAUGCCAAGACCAAAAGAUACAACUACAACAGAAGCUCCAAAACCAUGGGUGAGAACUAUUUAUGACAGUGCUAAGGAAAUAGUUACACCAACAGUUAUCGCUGGAAUAACAUUUUCUGCUGAACCAGAUAAAGAAUCAGAUCCUUUGAAACCAUGGGUUUCAUUAAAGAAAGACGGUUCACCAGUCACUAUUAAACCAGAAAUAAAAAACGGUAGAACCAAAAACGCAUAUCCAAGCUACUCGACCUAUUUUCAAAAUGUUUAUACUACUUCGUUAACUUACGAGGAUUUGGGUAAACCUCAAAACAUGGAUCCAGAUGAUAUUUUUGAAAAAGAAAUUUUUGUCGAUGAUGAUGAUACCUAUACUUCCUUGAAUCCUGUUAUGAGAUGCACGCCGCUUAGCUAUUUCCAAAAGGGACCAGCUAAAAACAUUUUAAGUGAGCCAUUUUGCUCACCAAGGGAAAAAACCAAUUUGAAAGUUGAUGAUACCUACUUUAUUACUUGGUACACCAAGUUUUUCACUCACCCUGUUACUGAACAAAUUGCCGAAAAAGUUAGACUACAUUUCACUUAUGUUAAAGAAGAUGCACGUGAUAAAAAUUUACAUAAAAGAAAUCCAGAAAAGGCCACAUUUUUCAUUACAGAAUGGUUGAAUAAUGUUGAUGGUAUCUUCCCAUUAGAGGUUCAAGAAGCGUGGUUACAAGGUCAGGCUUACAGAGCUAUUCUAGUAACUAUUCAACCAGAUUACAUUAAUGACGAUGAGUUUCUUCCAUCGACAGCUGACAACGGACUUGAAUUUAUAAUUAAAUUGGGUUCCAAAGUCUUCAAAACAACGAAAGAACAAUUAGCGUUACAAGAUGCAGGCAUUUAUAAUGAUUCUAUCUAUUACAUUAUUUUAGCUAUUCCUAUGUGUGUUGUUGUCACAUUUGUUGGAAUGUAUUUUUUCUUAUAUUUGACCAAAGGGAACAGAGAUUUUAGCGACAUUAAAAGCUCUGUUUUGAAGAGCAGACACAGAGUUAUCGGUCGUAUUAAGGAUAUCAAGAAGUUUAGGGGCAUCAAGAAUCACAAAUACGAAGAGUUGCCCCAAUUCAAAAAAGUGUCAAAACAGAAUUGA